UAUUUUAUGACAGGUCCAAGGGUAAAAUUCGCGAAAAGUCGGAAGUGGCUGUGAGCAUUGGAAAUAAUUUUCUUCAAAAAGAACGGAUAGAAUUCUAGUUAAAAUGCUUUAAGUAGGUAAUUCGCAAGGUUAUAGUAGGUUUUUUGAUUUUAAAUUGUAAUAUAAAAUGGUUUUGUCAAAAAUCGUUUUUAAAAGUGGUCCUAGAAUUCUCUUUUCGAAACAUGUUUUCUUCAAUUUUCAGGGUCAUUACGUAAAUAGACAUUUAGGCGAAAUUGGAUGUCAAUGCCAUGGCAAUGAACAACAGAAACGAACCUUCCUGAGUUUUCCUCAAAAUGCCAGGACCCGCGAAUAUCGCGGGAGGCAGCUUGUGGGACAUACUAUGGAUCAAAUGUUUGAAGUUGUCUCAGAUGUUGAAAACUACUGCAACUUUCUCCCAUGGUGUAAGAAAUCUAUAGUUUCAAAGAGGAAUCCUCGUAACCUUCAAGCAGAUUUAAUUAUUGGUUUUCCUCCAAUAAACGAGUCCUACACCUCAAAUGUGACAUUACUAAAGCCACAUCUAGUGAAAGCAGAAUGUCUCGACGGCAAGCUCUUUCAUCAUAUGUUAACUCUUUGGAGAUUUAGUCCAGGGCUCAAAAGGGAACAGCAAUCCUGUGUGAUAGAUUUCCAGAUAACCUUUGAAUUCCGCUCAGCUUUCCACUCUCAUUUAUCGAACUUAUUCUUUGACCAAGUCGCUCGACAGAUGGAGGGCGCUUUCAUUAAAGAAGUUGCCAGACGGUAUGGGCCUGCUUCAAUACCACCGAGAAAUUUAUUAGUCAAUAGUGCAGAUAAAAGUUGACAAAACAUGGACUAGUCCUUAAUUAAUUGUGGAAUGAAGAUUAUUUAUUGUGAUUAUUUGUUUAUUUUAUUAUUGUGAUUGUGAUUAAAUGAUAACAUUUAUGAAUGUUUUUAUGGUGAAGCUGAGCUUCCAAUAUUGUUACCAAAAAAAAUAAACGUUAAGUAUUGUCAA